CCAAUUUGCCCUAGUUCCAAUUCACACGAGAAGCUUCUGAUCGUGUGGCCGACGUGUUUUUUUUUGUUUUGUUUUUCCCGCGAAUAGCAGGCCUUUUGAGUUUUUUGCUACCAAUUUUAGUGGGUAAGAGGUGGUUGAAAGGUUUUUGAUAGUCGGUGUUUUUUUUUUUGCAGAACCAUAUCCUUGGGUAAAAAGAUUCAAAUCUGUAAUUUAAUUUGUGCUUCUUCUCAUAUAGACUCGUGCUUGUUCAUGAAGAUUCCAUCAUGAGCAACAAUAUGAAUGCAGUGUGCAUAGGUUGUCGUUUAAGGAGAAAGAAAUGUGACAGAGGCAAACCAAUAUGUACGAGUUGUUUGGAGCUAAAUAUUAGUCCAGAUUUAUGCAUUUACCCUAAAUCAAAGCUACAGCUUGCCUCCAAAGAUUCCAAAAUAACCUUGGAUUUAUUGAGAAGUAAAAAUAAAGAACUGAAGGAAGAAUAUGAAGCGGUAAAAGCUGGCGAGAAACCAUCAACCAACUCUUUGCAAAACAACAAUGUUGUCCUUAGCAGUCAAAACAACCCAAGUGACAAGAUAGACAACACACCAAUAAACCCAUCCGCAGAGGUUCUAGGAUUCGUUCAAGAUCCAAUAAAUACCACAGUUAAGGAAACAAACGAAUUUUUAUUACAUUGUGGCCCAUUAUCAUGGGUCUCUUUAAUGAGUUUUGAAAAAGAUUUUGCUCAAUUAUGUCUUCAAUUUGGACAAAUUAUUGCAAUAGCUAAAGAUCUUCGAAAGGAUUCAAGACGUGGUGAAUUCAUCGAUCAAGCAGAUUCAGAUACUCGUUUUAAUGAUAUUAAAAGUAGAUUAUCCAGAAUAUUGUUGGGGAUUGACCCAAAUGAAAACAUUUUCAAAGUUAUGGAGGAGCUUUUCCUGGAGAUUGAAAAUAGAUUGCCUCAUUAUGAUAUGGUUAUGACUUUGAUUGAUAGAUUCUUCAUCACUACAAGGAUCCAAAAGAUGGGUGUGAUUCAAUUGAACGAAGAUAGUUUUUAUGAAACUUUGAGUCAAAUUAUUACAAAAGAUUCAAAUGGUCGUGUAAAGAUAACUGUUAAAUUUCCUGAUGAAUACUACAAGACCCCUGGUGUUUCAUUAUUGUUGUCAAUUGUUGCAACGAUGCUUUUCCAGGUGAAUCAAUUAGUCAAUCCAAUCACAUCUGCUAAUCAUUUGUUGAUUUUAGAUUGUAUAAAGGUGUUAUUCGUUGGUUUUAGUAUCUUUAAAAGAACAUCACCAACACCCGAAGCUGUUGUUUCACCAGAGUUGGCUGUUCAACUAUUGCAAGGGUUUCUAUAUUAUGUUGGAUUUGAUCGUUAUAAUCCACAUGGUCGUGAACAUGAAAAAGCUGAUAAGACAGGUGAGAAUGCUAUAUGUGUUCGAAAGAUGGUUUCUUAUGCUAGAGCUUUGAAACUGAAUUGUGAUAUUGAAAAGAUUUAUAGACAUAAAUCCAAGAAUUAUAGACGAAGUUUGAAAAAAUCUAUUGAGUUUGGGUUACCAACAAAGAUCAAAAGGGAUGAACUUUAUUGUUAUGAUGAUUGUCAAGAUGAAUAUUCCAAAUCGGUUAUUGUAUUGAAUGAGUUGAUUGCUGAUUUCCAAAAUAUUGAAAAAAUUUCAAAUACGUUAGAUUUCAUCCAAUUGGUGGAGAAGAAUCUUAUUACAAAAGCUAAAAACACAUUAAGAGAUUUAUUUAAACCGAUUCAUGAAGAUCUGAAAACUUUAAAUGAGAUGAACUUUGAUGAUUUAUCAUUAGUGCACAAGUUCAUGGCCAUCACACAAACUUUUAACGUCAGAUUAACAUUACUCACCUUAAUUGAAACUUAUUAUCAUCAUUGUUUUGCUCGUUUAAAACAAUCAGGUUAUGAUAACACUGAUUUUUGCAAAAAGUAUCAAAUAUUGGCAAUGAAGUACUCAUUAUUAGUUUUCCAAGUGAUAUCAGGUAUAUUUUCAGCUUAUAGAAGAUUAUGGGGUCAUGAGAAUAGUACAACAUUUGGUAGUUUAGGUACAAUUUUGGCAAUUUUCUCCACAAUGAAGUUUACUUUUAGAAGAGUCACUAUUUUCGCUGGUGCUAGAGUAUUUGAAGGAUUACCAGUUGAAAAAUCCACAGUUAUUUUAGAUUUGUUCGAAUUGGGUAAAGAAACUGAUUCUGAAAUUUUGAAUUAUUUGUUGAGAACCCAAAAACAUCCGUUUUUCACCAUUGCAGAUUUAGAAAAUGGUGUCGUUGAUAAUCAUGAUGAAAUUUUGCUAAAGAAAUUUUCAAUAUUGACAGAUUAUAGAUUUUCCAUGUUGAGUGCUGCUGUUUCAAUGUACAACUUGGCAGAAUCAUUGAACAAUAGUCGUUAUGAUUUGAAUUUUGUUCGAUUGAAUCGUGCAUUUUAUUUUGCUUUGAAACUGGUUUCAUUUUUCACAAGAUUAGAAUAUAGAAAUGAAGUUUAUGGGAAAGAUAGUUUGACUAGCGGUAAGAAUAAAAAGAAUACCAUCAAUGAAGUCAAUUUGGAAGAAUUUUACAGACAAGCUAUUAGCACUAAAUCCAAUGACGCCUUGGAUCUGGAGAUAUUCUUCAGUGCUCCAAAUUCAAGCGGAUUUUUUUAAAGUAUUGAAGAUGGUGAUUUUAAGAAUUUGAAAACAACAAGGACGUUCUAGACUUAUACGUUUUUUAUAAAGAAGAAGACAAUUUUUAUAGAUUGAAGUGGUUUGAGAGCACAUUUGAAAGCAGACAAGAACUAUUUAUAUGAC